UUUACUCUCAUCCCUCCCCCCCCUCCUCCACACCAACACGCUCUCUCCCAUCCCGUCAAACUACUCCGUAACCUACCCACCUAACCUCCAAUCAACCACUCCGAGCAUCCAGACCCCCAACUACGUCCUCUUCCCUCCCUUUCCCUUUUCCCCCCAAAAGCUCCCUUUCCUCCAAACUUUCAACGGUGUUGCAGGAAAGAGGAAAAAGGAAACAUCAGGUAUACACAUAACACGGUCUUUACCAACCCAUCAACGCAAACACGCAUACACACGGUACACAUCCAACGUGCCUACACAGCACCAAUACCAAAAAAAAAAGUAAUGGACCCCUCAUCGCCGGUAAAGAGACGCGCCCUCGCGCCCCUGGACGCGAACGUGAACGCGAUAUCGUCGCCCACGAAGCUGCACAAACACUCCAAGCUCGGGGCGGCGCCUCAAUCGCCGCGUAAGAGCAGCAGCAGCGGCAGCCCCGUCAAGUCUCUCAAUCUCAAGAGGUCCUUUGCCGCCGCCGUCGUCGACAUCUUUGACGAGAACGUACUCGUUCCUAAGAAGAAGCAGUGCCAGGAGCCAGCCUCUGCUGCUGUUGCUUCUGAUGCUGCUACUACUACUAUUGCUGCACCCGUAGCUGUAGCUGCACCUGCAACUGCACCUAUGCGAGAAGUUGCAUUGGCACCUGAAGCUACUUCACCAAUUACUACUAUUCCAUCUGCAUCCGCAGCCGCACCAACUCCCGCGCCAGCGCCCGCACAGACGGAGAUGGAGAUGGACGUUGAUCCCGAUGCCACAGAGACCCAGAGCGAACAAUCAGACGAGCAAAAUCAGCACAGCGAGCAACAACAACCAGAACCCGAGGUGGUGCAGGGCGAGAACGAACUGCUGCCAGAACAACAGCAGGAAGGGUCGCGGCACGAGACACCGCGAACCCGCUCCGCGUCCCCCGCAGACACGUCGGUCGUGUUCGACACCUCGGCCGUGGACACGUCCCAAAACACCACCAUCCUCACCGAGCCCGACGCAGAGCAGGCUAGGACCCUGCCGCCGCCGAGGCCGAGGAGGUUGUUGACCCGCGAGGAGGCGCGACAGAAAGCUCGGAUCCUUCGACUGAAACUCGGACUCGCGAAUUACAAGCUCCAGACGGGACAGGAGAACGUGCCGCUUGAUAAGUUGGAGGUGAAGCCGCGACCGGGGCAGCAACAGCAGGAGACGAAGACGCAGGCGCAAACGCAGACGACGGAGAGGGCCCUGCCGAGGGUCAUGGUGCAGCCGCCGUCAAGCCGUGAUGGCCCUCCCGAGAAGGACGCCGAGGAGGAGGUCGUCGAGGAGACUGAGACGGACGAGCCCGCGCAAUCGCAGGAGUCCGCCGAGGCCGAAGUGGCGACGACACAGGCACCACAGGCGCAGGAAGAGAAGGAAUCUCGGAAUGUGGUCGGCGUGCUGCCGCGUCUGGAGAUGGAUAAUCUCAAAGCUGGCAACAACGAAGACGAGCCGACGAGUGCUGUUUCGGGUGGGAUCGUGAGCAGUCUGCUCAGUUUGGCGAGGGGUUCGUCAUCCUCCGUUUCUACUUCGUCAUGACGUCCCUCGGGCCCGUUACGGGAUAUAUCUGGGUUUUUGGGGUUGGUGAAAAAAGGCGUUUUAUGUUGGGGGAACUUGCAUUGCAUCGUUUCGGUUCGACUCAUCUUCGACCGCGUUUCGCGUUCCGCGUCCUGCGUAGGACCUUUUUUUUCUUGAUUUUUGCAUGAUGUUUCGUCGCAGCAAACGGGUUGAUGAUACUACCUGCGCCGUUAUUAUGGUUCAGAAAAGAAGAUGAGGGGAAGUGUAGAAGGGGAAAGCUACGAUCUACCUGAGGUGUGAUUGGAAUUUGUCCCAUCGGGACGCUUCCCUCGUACGAUGGACGGGAGAGGGGCCUUUUUCUGAGAGUAAUCGCUGGGCAAACUUGUACGCAUCUCAUGAUGGAAGGAUGGUCACACUUUUUUUUGCAACCCCG